AUGAAAAGAUACCAUUUUUCAAUUUUUUUAUUUUGUAUUGUUUUGGCUUUGGUAGAUGGCAAACUGGUCAGUAGGGAAUGUGAUAUGGCUUGUCCAGAUGAAUAUAUAUGUUGUCAACCUUUGAAAUAUCUUCCACCAAAGUGUGUCCCUAUUUGUAAAUUCGUCGAUUGUCCGGCAGGUAAAGUCUGUAGGAUUAUCAAUGGUGAUUUCUUUUGUGUGGCGCAACAGGGAACAACUCUUCCUAUAACGACUUCUCCUGCAACAACCACUCCUGCAACAACCACUCCUGCAACAACCGCUCCUGCAACAACCGCUCCUGCAACUACUCGUCCAUCAACAACCACACCGGCAACUACUUCUCCUGCAACAACUGCUCCUGCUAUUACACGUGUAGUAACCACUGCUCCUGCUACUACCGCUCCGGCAACUACUGGUCAAGCAACUACUGCCCCUGCUACUACUCGUGCAGCAACCACUGCUCCUGCUACUACCGCCCCUGCAACAACUGCUCCUGCCACUACCGCCCCUGCAACAACUGCUCCUGCUACUACCGCCCCUGCAACUACUGCUCCUGCUACUACCGCUCCUGCAACAACUGCUCCUGUUACUACCGCUCCGGCAACCACUGCUCCUGCUACUACCGCCCCUGCUACCGCCCCUGCAACCACUGCCCCUGCAACUACUGCUCCUGCAACUACUGCUCCUGCAACUACUGGAACCACUGCCCCUGCAACCACCGCUCCUGCGACAACUGGCUCACCAACUACAACUUCUGCUUCCGCCACAACCGGAGCUGCAACAACAUCCACAACACCUACAAAUCCUAAUAAGAUGAUUAUUAAUAGUUUCAAAGGAGCUCAAUCCCAUGUGAUACCUGCACAAGGACAUACAUGGACUCUACCAGGAGGAAAUCAAAAUCUACACUUUGUCGGAAACAGAACAGUUUUAGGAAUGUUUGAUUUAUCCUCACAGCAAAAGACAACUUCCAGAAAAUAUCCAAUCCUUAGUAGAAAAGAUUUAAAUCCAGUACCAGCAAAUUUAGUUGUUAAUGGAAUUGACAAGAGUGGAAAUAGAUUAGGAAGUGUUCCAUUAACACCUCCCGACCAAUUCCCUGGCUCAGAGUUGAAUCAAGAUAAAUAUUCAACAACGUUGUGGACUGCAAAACUGCCAAAGGAAUGGUUGGCACCAAAACUAAGUUUAUCGGUCUCUGCUGACGGUAAUGACGAGAGUGAUCACAUUCAACUGAAUGUAGGUGCACCCUCUGAUUAUUUUAUCGAGAGUCUACCAAUCUAUUUGUAUGGCGCAACACCACAAAACUCUGUUCCGAUACAUCUUCCAAAUGACACUCAGAUCGCUGAGGUUCUUCAGAAACUUCCAGUAGACUAUGUUAAAUUUGACCCACAUCCAUAUAACUACAUUCAAUGGAAACAAUUCCCCAUUGCACCAGAUGGAAAUAGAGCUGGUUAUCUAGCCAAAACUGGAGAUGAUGAAAAGAAUAUGUUUGACUUUGCUUCUGCUUAUAUGACAGUUAUGAGAGGUAUUAGAUUAAAUAAUGGAGACCAAUUCCUUACCAAACAAAUUUAUUCACCAAUGAUUAAAAUGAUGACAAAUGGAUCCAUUUUUGUUCCGAAUUCCGGUGUUGGUGGCAUUGAUGCCGGUGUCAGUUGUGGUGAUUAUCAAUGGGGACCUCUUUUCAUGCAUGAAACUGGUCAUGCUUUUGGUUUAUGGCAUUGUGUUGAUUCGAUUUCAAAAGGAUUGUACCCAUAUGUUGGAGGUUCUUUGCUUGGCUCUGAGUGGGGAUGGGAUGCCGAUAAGAAUCUAAUGUUGAUUCCAUUCAUGCCAAAUGGAUCAUGUCCAACACCUCUCAAUGGUCAGAGAGCAGUCGACAAGGAUGGAAGAUGUUACAAGCAGGAUCCAAUGCAAGACGGAGGUGGUGGAUACGAUAGAUCUAGGGGUCUCUUUAACUAUGCAACAUUUGCUGACUGGUCUGUAAGUACCCACCAAAAAUGGUUUGAAAGUAGAUGGUCCCCUGAUGCCAAUUCACCAAAUGGAUUCUCUCAAUGGAACAAUGUUACCCUUGAGUUUGACCCAGCAAACAUUACUCAACAUGAUGAUGGUGGAUUUACUUCGAUUGAAGGAUAUUUACCAAUACAAAAGAAUAUUCCAGUCUAUAGUGUGGUAGUUUCAUUCAGUUUAGCCGAUCCUUCACUCUCAAUGAUUUUAGAACCAAUUAAAUUUGUUGGAAAUUUAAUUCGUACAUUUGAUCCAACAGACCCAACUCAACUAGCAGAAAUCAUUCCUCAGGUAGCAAAAUAUCCAUUCUAUUGUUAUAGAGGAUGUGACUACACAUUAAAGAUGACUUAUGCUGAUGGAACUUCUGCUUAUCGUAUACUAAACUCAUCAUUCAGAGGCUUUGGUCAAGUGUCCGAGCCAAUUCCUCCAGAAAGCUCGAAUCCUAUAAACGCAGAAAGCUUUAAAUAUUGGGUUAUGCAUUUCCCAGCAGAUAAAGUUUAUACCAAGAUUGAACUACUUAGUACACCCCAAGUUUUCAACGGAUUACCUGCACUCCCACAAGUAUUACUGGCAUAUCCAUGA